GCCUGUCGUCUGGUCACGUGACGACAACAUGGCUGCGCUCUUGUGAAAGUCACGCUACUGCUCGUCCAGUGAAUGUUCGUGAAGAAAGCGGGCAAACAGGAGAAUAUAUUACCCUCUAAACUGAUUAAUACUCUGUAUUCUGUACUCUAUCCUUUACAGCAUGGACGCUGACAGUCAACUGCGGAAUCUCCGUGAUUUCCUACUUGUUUACAAUCGAAUGACGGAGAUCUGCUUCCAGCGAUGCACAGCUAAUUUCAACUACAGAAACCUUACCAUGGAUGAAGAGCGCUGUGUAGACAACUGUGCUAGCAAAUUAAUCCGCUCCAAUCAUCGCCUCAUGGGCACCUACGUGAAGCUGAUGCCGGCGAUGGUGCAGCGACGGAUGGAGGAGAUGGAGAGCAAGGCUGCAGAAGCAGCUAAAAUGGAGGAGGCAGCUAGAACACCAGCGGAGCCGCUGGCUGGAGGUUUAGCGACAACGGGUCCAGCUUCAGCCGCGCUCUCUGCUGAACAUGUGAUGACGGCAGAAACGCCUGCUGCAUCAGUAUCAUUUCCACCAUUAGCUGCUGAGCCAAUGCUAAGUGAUCUGUCAUCAGUCCCAGCACCAGCUACCGGUGGCACAGCCACUACCAUUCCCUCUUUAGGACUGCAAACUGAAAAUGUGUCAUUGGUUCCAUCGCUUGUUACAGAACCAACAACUCUGGGAUCUUCAGAGGGAACUAGUUCUUCUAUAAAUUCAAAUAUAGCGCCAGGCAUCCAGAUAGACAAGUUGGCUCUAAAGCAGAUCACACUAGACAGCAGCAGCACAUCCACAGGUACAGGUUCAUCAUGACUAUAGAUUCAUUGUUUAGAGAUGUGUUUUGUUUUAAAACAUUGAAGAAUUUGAAAAGAAAAUACAGAUCUUAUCAUGUACUUCUAAGCAAAUUAUACUCAUCUUAAUAAAAACAAUUGUACCUAAAGAAAGUGUCCGAUUACAAUGCUAUUUAAAAGAAAUACAGGUUAUUAGGAACAAUAAAUUAUUAAUGUAGAUUGAUGCAAACUCUUGGUCAUAUUUAUUGAGCUACACAUAUAGAAGUACCAGAUUUCUCAACAUUAGGUUAGAGAGAUGUGGCAGACUGUGUGUAAAAUAUAGAGAUGGUUGGAUACUUUAUUGGUCCCAAAGUAACUUUGGGCAGUCCUAAUAAUAUAAAUAAUUAAAGUCUAAAGAACUUUCCCACUCACAUCUGUUACAAUCAUGGUUCUUCUCUGGAAUGACUCAAAAAUGUAUAGAAACACCUGUUUUUAAAAGUGUAGAAGCAGUUCAGGCAGCCACUUGUAUGACUCUGACUGCCAUUAAUUUUGCUUUCGGUUUGAACUUUCAGUGUUCCUGUAAUUUAGCAAAAUUAGCUUAAAAAAUAGCUUCAUCUUCGGUAUGAUAAAAUAGAAGAUGCAGCCUUUUACUGUGUUGCCAAUACAAAGUAAAGACUGUAAAAACAUGCAUUUUUCAAAUGCAUUCAAGAAAAAUGAAUAAAUUAUUAAAAUGUCUGUUA